CCCAAUCAACAGUAUAGUAUUAGAGCUAAUGAAUAAAAAUGGUCCUGGUAGCAAGGUUAAGAUAGCUUGACUAAAGUAAACAGUUUAUGAAAAUUUUCAUGUAUUUUACAUUAUGGAAUUAGAUGUUGCUAUGAAUCUCGACCAAAAUUGAAAGGUUGAGAAGUCGUUCAUUUCCUCAAUUACAGACACAAAUGAGGCCACAACGGAGAAUUGUGUAUCUUUUCUCAUACACUUACUAGAGAACUCAGUCUAUGGUUUUCCUUCCUGUUGAAAGGAGCCAUCUGUUCCUGCACAGCACAGUGAAACCAUAACGAGACAAUCUGAGUGGGAAAGACAGACAGACAAAGGCAGUGAGAGGUAACGCUGACACACUUCUUGAAGUUCUAACAGAAUAAUAGUAGUGAAGGCUACAAUAAUAUUUCCGUCACCAUGAAUAGUAGAUUUAAAAUGAGGUUUUUUUAGUGCUGGAAGAUCACUUGACAUGACAAGCUAUGCUUCAUAAUGGUGCUGGGACAAGUGGAGGACAAGACAGCGGCAGUAGUACAAAGGACCAGAAGCAACUUCAUCAGCUGGUAGAAGAGCCUUCUGAGUUUUCCAGAUCAAAGAUAAAGUACACAGCAGGCAAUCCAUCUUCAAGAGCCACUCAGUGCAUCAUUACAAAGGGCACCAGUGAAAAAAAUAACAAGCAAAAUCAGCAGUCCAUCCCGCAGAGACCAUCGGUUCUCCGAAAGGGCAACCAGACUCUACCACAUGCCUUGUCCACUCCAGCUGGUGUAGGUGACUGUUCAACUGAACUCAUAUUUAAGGAAGAAAUGGACAAUAAUUUGCCAGUCAUCUUGCCAUCUUAUGGCACAGACUAUCCCACUAGAGUCAAUGCUUCUGGACCAAGUCCUGCUCAGAGCACAACAGAGCACCAUACAGAUCCUCCACAGAUCUCUGAGCACCUUUUAUUUUACAAAGGUGUGUGUACCUGGCCAGGCUGCAAGGAAACAUUCAAGGAAUAUAACCACUUCCUGAAACAUCUCUAUUCGGAGCAUGGCCCUGGAGACAAAACUAUUGAACAGUGGAGAAUGCAGAAAAAUAUGGUCGAACGCAUGGAGAGUCAGUUAGUUGCGGAGCGGCAGAGGUUACAUUCCAUGUACCUGCAUCUGUUUGAUGCUAACCCAAGACCGAAGCAGUCCAAUACUCCUUCAGGAAGCCUGCAGUCAUGUCAGAGUUUGAGCAUUCUACAUGCACAAAACACAACUUCAUCUGACAUGCUACCUCCAGGAUACUGGCAGAUCCCAACAACCCCAUUCAUACCUGGAAUUAUCCCUAGUAUUGAGUGCUACAAAUACACGAACAUGAGGCCACCAUUUACUUAUGCCUCCAUGAUAAGAUGGGCGAUUCUUGAAUCUCCCGAAAAACAGCUAACACUGAAUGAAAUCUAUCACUGGUUCACACGCAAGUUCUUCUACUUCCGUCAUAACACAGCCACAUGGAAGAAUGCAGUGCGGCACAAUCUCAGCCUCCAUAAGUGCUUUGUACGUGUUGAUGGAGGGAAAGGCUCCGUUUGGACAGUGGAUGAGGCAGAAUUUCUGAGAAGGAGAGGGCAGAAGUUACACAGGUGCACUAUCCCAAAAUGGUUAAGUCCACUGAACAUUCAGGACAUAAGUGAUAAAUGCGAGAUGCAGCUCUUCUUUAUAUAACAUUAGCUACUGUAUGGGGUGGCUUUAGCCUGUUUGUAGAGUUCAGUUCUGUACACAUACUAAUACAAAUGAUUAGAGUCAUGAUUAUUAAUCUAUUACUGACCGAUUUCCCCCUUAUUUUGUCUAGGGACCAAGACAUGAGCUGGGUGGCACACUAUUCCAUGUUCUUUUCUUGAAAUUACCUUCUUCAGUGUUAAGUCACAUCUUGAGACAUUCUAUGAAAUGUCACUUAUACCUCAAAGUGUCUCUUUCAGUAGAUCUAUGAGUAAUUUCUAAUUUUCAUUAGUCUUCAUUCUCUUUGACUUGCCAAUAGGGCUAUACUGUCUGUGGGCUUUUAUGGAGUUGGAUUUAGUUCAGUAGAAAUUUGAAUUUAAAUGCAAAAAAAAAAAAAUAAUAAAAUAAAAAAUUAUUAUAAUAAUAAUCUGAAUUACUGGGUUCUGUAUUUACCUGCAAGUUAUUGUGAAUGCGAUUCUAAAAAUGUGAAUAAUUUAUUUUAAAAUUUCAAAAGUUCAACUGCACACUCUUAAGCAUGAAAUUCAGUUUUGCAAACCACGAAAUUCAAGUUCAGUUCAAAAUUCAUUUUCAGAUAUAUAAUACAAAUUAAAAUGGAUAACUUUCAUGCGUCAAUGCAUUUUCAAAUGUUUGCAUUUUGUAUGCCAUUUCUUAUGGGAUGAUUUAUAACUCAAUAGCUUUUUUUUAGCUGCAGAAAGACAUAUGCUCUACAUAGGCAGAUGCCUAAAAUACUAAGGUACACAAAUUAUUGUGAUAUUUCAUUGUAUUUAAAUGGUCUUAACUGUCCUAUGUUACAAAAUAAAAUAUUACUCUGAGAGAAACGCGAGUC